AUGAACAGGGAGUUAUCCACGCAGCUGGAAAAUGAUUCGGCGUGGUAUCCUCGACCCUCCAAAACGCUUCGAAGCUACUAUCAGAAGUUACUGGAAGAUAUAUAUGGCACCCUGGGAACAUCAUUUGUCAACGUGGCAAUGGAGCUGUCACUGAUUCUGAUGGAUGCCUCGUCGACAGCCGUGGCAUCCUGGCUGCACGCAGGGUGUGAGCAUCAAAGCAUACAGGUAAACGAGGAUCUCAAAAGCCACGGUGCAACCGAUGAAGAGCUCCGAGCACAUUACGAGUCGAGCUACCUUUCGAUGAUAAUCUCUCUUAACAAUAUGAAAGAUGCGAAGGUGGAACAACAUAACCAUGGUAAAGCGCAAGUAGUUCGUCCCGACAUCAUGUGCCUUGGGCUCUUGCUCAAAGCCAGAGAUCAACCGAGACCGGCGUGGUGGGGGAUGGAGAAGUUCUGCAGCUAUCGGAAAGGCGAGGAUGACCAUCUUGAUUUUAAGUGGAAGGACUCUGCCGCGAAGUUACUGGGCCUUCAGUCAUACCCGUCCGCUGACGGUGGCGAUUCUUGA